AAGUUCUGGCUCAGAGUCAGACAGAGUCAGUCACAGAGUAGUCCACCAAGACUCGUGACGCCUGUGUUUGUUUGACAUGCUGGCUGCGUGCGGUGAAUUUGCAUCCAGCGACAUGACCCGUCGGCCUGAGAAGCGCUCUGGCGACCACAUGCUCCAGGAAGUCAAGCGUCGCAGGACGAUACAUGCCAAGAUGAUGAUCCAUGCUGAGGAUACCUUGGUGGCUGCUGGAGAAAGACUGCACGAGGCCUACCUGCGCAAGCGGAACACCUAUGAGGCGGAGAAGGAGGAGUUGGCUUUAAUCGAUGCCAAUUUGUCCUCGGCAGUGCACGAGCUUCGUUGCUGCGGAAGAGAGACGGAACAGAGGCAUAACGAAUUGUGUCAGAGGCAGUCGAUGAUGGACGCGGCAGAAGCAGAGUCUUCGCGAAUGGAGCCGGCGUCUCUAAUGGCACAAGGACUCCUUGAUGCUCUGCGUCCGGAAGGGACCAGGGCGGACGGCGACGCAGUUCAGCGUAUGGUGGACGCCCUCCAGGAGGAAGGAAUGGAGGCCUCCUUGGCGGCCGUCGCUCCCGAGGUUCUGCAGAAGGCGCCCAGCGGCCGACAGGGUUUCGAGCUCAAAGCCGAGGAGCACUUGCGUAAGUUUGCUCGAGAGCUUCAUGGACGGUUCGAGAAGGCCCAGAGCAUUCUGGAUGACCAACGAGUGGCUUUGGAGCACGCAAAGUCGGCCAUGAAGAAUGCAAGCAAGGCAGAGCAGCAGGCGGCGGAGCGUGUUGAUGGUAUCAAGAAGACUUACGAGGAUCAGAAGGACAAAUUGAACAUCCUUCGUGAAGCCAUGAUUGAAGCAGAAGAGGAGGCCUUGUGUUUCGACGGACUUCUGGAGCAGGUGGGCUUCAGGACACCCAGGAAGGAGAAGCACCAGAGCGACUCAGGUACUCCAGAGUCAACAGCACCGGGGACUCCAACGCAAGCUGAGGAGAUGACUCCUGAAAAGCUGGUCCGAGUGAGUCGCAAGACAAGUCCAAGUGAGGGCGACAAGACUGUAUGAUGAGUCGCUGGAGUCGCAUGAGUCAAGCGACUGAGCAAAAAGGAAUUCUGUAGUGUAGUGACUAUGAUUUUAUGUAUCUCGAAUCAUUGAGGCGUC